CUCAAAGUUGGAUGCAACAGCUGCGGUAAAAGAAACAGAAGGAGAAAAGUCAAUAGAUUGUCAUUCACUGUUGUCGACUGUCUUCAUUCUUUUGCUGUCCGACAAAUAUAGAAGACAACGCUGAGUCGGUGUUCCCCAUCAAGUGAAGAGCUGCAUUUCGUCAUUUUUCAGAGAAAAACAACUUGGUGCCUGGGAAAAUAUGGAAGCCCCUCCUGUUACAGUGAUGCCGGUCACCGGAGGCACGAUCAAUAUGAUGGAGUAUCUGCUGCAAGGCAGUGUGUAUGACCAAGCACUAGAAAGCCUCUUGCAUCGCCUUCGAGGUCUGUGUGACAACAUGGAACCUGAGACUUUUACAGACCAUGAACUGGUUUAUCUUCUGAAAGGCCAACAAGGGAACCCUUUCAUUCUGCGUGCCCGGCGGUCCCUCUCUCACCCCACAUCACCAUGGCACCUACGCUACUUAGGCCAACCGGAAGUGGGAGACAAGAGCCGUCACGCCCUGGUGCGCAACUGUGUUGACGUGGCUGCCUCGCACAGCCUGCCGGAGUUCCUCAAUGAGAUGGGCUUCCGCAUGGACCACGAGUUUGUGGCCAAUGGGCACAUGUUCCGCAAAGGUGCUAUGAAAAUUGUGGUUAGCAAGCUGUCCCGCAUCCUGGUACCGGGUAACACAGAGAACACAGAACGUCUAUCACUUUCAUACCUGGUGGAGCUGAAUGUGUUGGCUCCUGCUGGCCAGGACAAUAUGUCAGAUGACAUGCGCAGCUUUGCUGAGCAACUUAAACCCCUGGUUCACCUGGAGAAGAUUGACCCCAGCAAACAGAGACAUUGAAUGACAUCAUUUAGAUAGAUGGUCAAGUCACCUUCGGCCCCCAUGGACAAAACUUUUUUUUUUGUAUAAUGUUUAAUGUAAAAUUAAAUGCAAUUCAACUUUGACUUAA